UUUUUUUGGUUGUAAAAAUAAAUUAUAAAAAACGUUGUCUAAAAAAUAUUGAUAAAUUGAUAAAUUAUAAUAUGCAUCUAAAAGUACAAAAUGGAAGAAAUAUGCGCUAAAAACCAAAAAAUCGCAAAAUAUGCAUUUAUUUGCAUAAUCAUUUUUUUAAACUAGCUUUGUGGAAGCAUAAUGAAACGUAUUUGUUUCGCACUCUGCUAUUUUUGUGACUGUUCGAAAAAAAUAUGCAAAUGCUACUAGUCCUCUGCCCUGCUGUAAUAAAUAAACGUAUAUCUAAAUAUCUAUAAAUCCAUUUCGACUAUGAAAAAAAUGCUAAUAACUCAAUUUUAAAAGUUUUUCUUGAAUGUAAAAAUUGUAUGUUGCACCUGCAUUGCAUUUAACACAACCUAUUGGUUUUGUCGAGUACAAAUUAGUAAAAAAUAAUAAUUAUCCGAGGUCGGUAAGUGCUUUAAAUGUUUUUUCGGUUUGAUGUAUAUUUGCCAUUGGAAGAAAUAAGGAUACUAUAUUUUGCAAAUUGAAUUGCUAUUGCUCUACCUGAUGGGAUUAUACUUUUCUGAUUAUGUUUUUGCAUCACAUAUUUUACGUGUAGAUAUAAUUUAAACUUAUAUCCAUUCCUGUGGGCUGUGAAAUCAACACAACGAAUACAACGAUGGUGACUGAAGCUCUCUAUAAUGUAAUGAUAUCCAUAUAUCAUACACAAUGAAUAUUUGUUUUAUAGUCAAUUAAUAUGACAUAUUAUUGUAAUUAUUAUUCACUUAUGUAUAAUUUACUAAUGUAUAAAGUUUAAGUACAAAAUGUCAUGAUAUAAUCAUUGUACAUAUCAAAUUACUAUUGACAUUCUAAAUAAUCUAUAAUCACAGUAAACAUACUUUGUUUCACAAUAACAAUUAGUAUAAUAAAAAGAAAAAUACGAUAGUGACGAAAAAAAAAGUAGCAUAAAACGCCAUCCCACUGGCUCAUUGUUAGACAGUCUUCUAACGUCUUAAAUACGUACACUUUCAGUGCGUAAAUGUGUAAAGGACGCCCAUGAAGGCUGCAGUUAUUAUUUUCACGUAUCGUCACCAUCGUAGUUAUGUUUUAAUUCAAAGAAGUGUGUUCUCUUUCUUUCUUUAUAAUUAUACUCAGAUUCUAUCUCCCUUUUAUCCCUGGAACUCUGUCAACUUUCAUCAUCAAUGCAGCGCGAAGCAAAUACACAUUCAUCUUCGCAAAAGAACUAUAAACAACAUUAUGGCUCCAAGAAUUAGUAGUUGGCCUGAAUGGAAUAAUUUAUCAAGUACGGACCGCAAUAUAAAAUCGGCGGACAGUUGGAUCGAGGCUCGCCAAAAGGAAGAAGGCGCUGACGGGUUGUGGAGAAUUUAUGAUGGACUGUAUGAUCUUAAACAAUGGAUACACAAGCACCCCGGAGGACCACAAUGGCUAGAAAUUACAAAAGGUACGGAUAUUACAGAAUUAUUCGAAACGUAUCAUUUUAAUCAGAAAGCCGCAAGGGACGUGAUGGGUACAUUUUACGUGUGUCGAGCGAAGACACCGAGGAAAUCGCCUUUCACGUUCAAACCCGACGGAUUUUACAGUGUGUUGAAGUCUAGAGUUAAAAAGAAGUUAUCCGAAAUUAACCGUCGUGAAGUUUCCAUCAAAUCUAUACUGGUCAUCGAUACUUGGUUCUUCGCGACACUCAUCCUCUGCGCGGCAGUCGCACAAACACAAAGCGCAGUUUUGGCCUUAUUUGCGGGUAUCAGUUUGGGGCUUGGAACCGUUGCAAGUCAUAAUUUCACUCACCUCAAGGACAAUUGGAGGAUGUAUUACAUGCAGCUGAGCUUGUUCUCAGUGCGAGAAUGGAGAAUAUCACAUGUUAUCAGUCACCACGUUUACACCAACACAGUACAAGACUUAGAGAUGACAUUGUUGCAUCCGUUUAUUCAUUGGUUUCCGACCGAUGACAAACCGCCUUUAGUUCGUUAUACACCUUAUCUUACUCUCAUCGCCUACCCUCUCAUUGCACCGGGACAAUUCGUCAUCAGAACGUUCAAACGCAUGAAUGAUAAAGCUGACCUUUUAAUGUUCGUCAUUCCGGUCAUAUUGAUGAUUUGUGGUCGCAUGACCAUUGGCUUAGUACUUAACAUGUGGCUUAUUAUGGUACUGUCGAGUAGCUCUGUGUUUUUAUUCCUCGGAUUCAGUGUUUCUCAUCAUUUACCCAAUAACUUCCAUGACGGAGACCACAUCAAUGGUAAAGACAUCGAUUGGGGAAUUCAUCAGAUGGACACCAGCGAGGAACGGAACGAAAUAACAGAUAAUAUAUUUGUAUCUUUGGUAACGUUUAGUGACCAUACGUUGCAUCAUUUAUUUCCGUCUUUAGACCACAGUUUAAUACCGUUCUUGCAAGACACCUACAUAAACACAUGUGAAGAAUUUGGCUUGGAUAGAACAUCAAAACCCUUCUCGUCCAUUGUACGCGGACAGUUUAAACAAUUAGUCCGCCUGAAUCCAAACGAUCCGAAGAGAAAACAAUGUUUGAAAAACUGACCUAAACAUACAAAAUAUUGUCUUAUUGUUUUGUAUUUUUCAAGCUUAUAUUAUUAUAAAUGCUAUUUUGAUUUUUUUUAUAAGUGCUAGUAAUAAUUAUCAGGUGCAAAUCGUAAUCAUUUUACCAGUCGACAGUCGUUUACGGGGAAUUAUAUCACAAUAUCACAUCCUGCACGGCUUCUAGUUGGUGUGUCGGCUUCUAAUGGUAUUAGUGGUAAUACGCAUAUUUCGUACCUAGGUAUAUGGCUAAAUACAAAGUUUAGACUUUUAUGUAAAAAUAAACCUAAUUUAUUAACUUUAGAGUACCUAUACUAGAAUAAUCCGAAUAAGGAUAUUGUCAUGAUAUAUUUAUAGCCGUAUAGGUACACCUAACCUAAAUAUUGUAUUACAAAAUAUUUAUAAAAUAAAUAAUACAUUUUACUAUAAUA